UUGGAGCCGCGCAGCUGCACAGUAUAGCACGGCAACAAAGAAAGCUAAAACCAGCUGCUCUUUUGCCUGAGCUGCACAGGAACAGCCAAAACAAUCGUAGCCCAUGGGCUCGACGCAGAAGCCGCACGUCGUGCUGGUGCCGUUCCCGGCGCACGGCCACGUCGCGCCCCAGAUGCAGCUCGCGCGCCUCCUCCACUCCCGCGGCGUCCACGUCACGCUCGUACACACCGAGCUGCACCACCGCCGUCUAGCGCGCGCCAAGGGCAGCAGCGCCGGGGCGGCCGCAGCGGCGCCGGGCUUCGGUGUCGAGGUCAUCCCGGACGGCCUGUCGCUGGAGGACCCGCCGCGGACGCUGCAGGCGCACCAUGAGGCCAUGGAGAGCAACUGCCUCGAGCCGUUCGAGUCGCUGCUGCGGGCGUUGAGGGACAGGCCCGGCGUGCCGCCGGUGAGCUGCGUGGUGGCCGAUACGGCCAUGCCAUUCGCAGCGGUGGCGGCACGGGAGGUCGGCGUGCCGGACGUGCAGUUCUUCACGGCGUCCGCGUGCGGGCUGAUGGGAUACCUCCAGUUCGAGGAGCUCAUAAAAAAGGGACUCGUCCCUCUUAAAGGAAAUGACUACAAAACCGAUGGCUCCCUUGACACCCCCCUGGACUGGGUGCCAGGGAUGAAGGGCAUGCGGCUCAGGGACAUGCCAACAUUCUGCCGCACGACGGACGCCGACGACUGGCUGGUGCACUUCCUCGUCCACCAGAUGCGGACCGCGGCCUCCGCCAAGGCCGUCGUCCUCAACACCUUCUACGAGAUCGAGAAGGACGUCCUCGACGCGCUCACGGAUCUCUUACCGCCCAUCUACACCGUCGGCCCACUCGCGAGCAUCCUAGCGUCCACGCCGACGAGCGGCGGCAACUUCCCUGUCUCGACAAGCGACGCUAGCCUCUUGCAGGAGGACAAGGACUGCAUGGUGUGGCUGGACGGCAAAGGGGAGCGCUCCGUCGUGUAUGUGAGCUUCGGGAGCCACGCCAGCAUGGGCGGCGUGCAGGUGCGGGAGUUCGCGUCCGGGCUGGCACGGUGCGGCUCCCCGUACCUGUGGGUCUUGCGGCCGGACAUGGCCGCCGACGUCGAAGUCGGCGAGGACGGGCUCAUCGUGCCAUGGUGCGCGCAGGAGGCGGUGCUGAGCCACCCAGCCGUGGGGCUGUUCGUGACGCACUGCGGGUGGAACUCCAUCAUUGAGUGUGUGAUUCCUGGCGUGCCGGUGCUCGGGUGUCCCGUGAUAGCCGAGCAAACGACGAACUGCCGCCAGGUGCGCGUGUCGUGGGGCAUUGGCGCCGAGCUGCCGCAGGAGGCGGGUAGUGGCGAGAUAGCAGCGCUUGUGAAGGAGAUGAUGGCUGGGAAGAAGGGGAAGGAGGCGAGGGAGAAGGCACUGGAGUGGAAACGGCUGGCUGAAAGUGCUACAAAACAGGGUGGCUCGUCGUACGAAAGCAUUGAUCGCUUGGUGGACGAUGUGCUAUUUAAGGUGCUUUGAUUUCAUUUUGUAUGGAUCGUGUCUCUGUUGUACAACUAGCAAUUGCUCACGUGCACGGCACCGAUGUGCUAUUUAAGUUGCUUUGAUUUCAUUUUGUAUGGAUCGUGUCAAAGCGAAUAAUAAGAGAUUGUAUGUAUUUUUAAAUAUA